GUCUGCCAGCUAGCACCCUUAUGGAGCGACCACGUCAACAGCUGAGAGGAAAGUGCUGCAGAGAAGGAAAACCAUGAGAUCAGAGUGAAAGAGGACUGAUAUAGCACAAAGUACCAAAGAUAACCCGGAUAAAGAGGAAGACAGUAUGACUUUUUACUCAGUCCUUUCUUUUUUCCCCCUCAGUGAUGGAAAAAUAUGAGUUGGGUGAAGUUCAUGCAGUGCAGCGAGAAUCUGUGCAAGAUUUGCCUGUUAGCAGAUUCGCCCUUUCCUGUUGUUUGAUGUAACCGUGUUUCUGAGAGGCGGCCGAAGCGAUAAUUAUCAGUAAAAAAGGGUUUAGACUGUGCUUUUGGCGGGUGGUCAUAGCUUAGCAGCUCGAAAAGAAAGUUUCUGGACACCCGGGUGAGAAGAUUUGCUCCCAGUCAUGGCGGUUUGGUCGGAUGGACUCACAGAGCUGCUGCUCUUCCUCUCCUGUUGGCUGUGCGUUCAUGGAGAUGCGCCCAAACAAGACAUCAAACCAGAGGUCUGGCUACAGCAGUAUGGUUACCUGCCUCCAGGAGAUCUCCGGAUGCAAGCAGCCCGCUCCCCUCAAUCCAUUUCCUCUGCAAUCUCUGCCAUGCAGAGAUUGUAUGGCCUAACCGUCACCGGAAACCUGGACCCUGCCACCCUGACGGCAAUGAAGAGGCCUCGCUGCGGCGUUCCAGAUAAGUUUGGAGCAGAGCUAAAGAGCAACUUGAGGAAGAAACGAUAUGCUAUCCAGGGACUAAAGUGGGAGAAGAAGGAGAUCACGUACAGUAUACAGAACUACACCCCUAAAGUUGGGGAGUACGAAACCCACGACGCCAUCCGAAGAGCCUUCAAAGUGUGGGAGGGUGUCACGCCUUUGCGAUUCACAGAGAUCCCUUACAGUCACAUAAAGGACAAGACCUCUGACUUUGCAGACAUCAUGCUCUUCUUUGCUGAAGGUUUCCAUGGCGAUUCCAGUCCAUUUGAUGGUGAGGGAGGGUUCUUGGCACAUGCCUACUUCCCUGGCAAUGGCAUAGGAGGAGACACGCACUUUGAUGCUGCAGAGCCAUGGACGAUUGGCAACCGAGAUCUGCAGGGUAAUGAUAUCUUCCUGGUGGCUGUGCAUGAGCUGGGCCAUGCCCUGGGCAUGGAGCAUUCAAAUGACCCCUCUGCCAUCAUGGCCCCAUUCUACCAAUGGAUGGAUACUGAGAACUUUGAGCUUCCAGAGGACGAUCGCCGUGGAAUUCAGCAGCUCUACGGCCCCAACCCUGGUGACCGGUCGCGACGGCCAUUCAGCCCUCGCACCCCUUUCCAUACCCCCCGUCCCACACACUCUCCACGCAAACCAAGCUUUACACCCGAUAUCUGUGAAGGCCACUUUGACACCAUUGCCAUUCUCAGAGGAGAAAUGUUUAUUUUCAAGGAUAAAUGGUUCUGGCGUAUUCGCAAUCAACGGGUUAUGGAAAAUUACCCCAUGCCAAUUGGACAUUUCUGGAGAGGUCUACCCUCAUCGAUUAACGCUGCCUAUGAAAGAGAGGAUGGAAAAUUUGUCUUCUUCAAAGGGGACAGGCACUGGGUGUUCAGUGAAUCAAACUUGGACUCAGGCUACCCAAAAACACUGAGGGAAAUGGGCAGCGGCCUUCCUAAGGACAGAAUAGAUGCUGCCCUUUUUUACACUCCUACAGGCAACACAUUCUACUUCAGAGGGAACAAAUACUAUCGCUACAAUGAAGACUCACGGUCAGUGGACCAAGACUACCCCAAACCUAUCAGCAAGUGGCAGGGCAUCCCUGAUAACAUCAAAGCUGCUUUCAUGAGCCGAGACCAAAGUUACACGUACUUCUACAAAAGCAAUAAAUAUUGGAAGUUUAACAACCACCUGUUGCGAGUGGAUCCUGGUUACCCCAAGUCCGCCCUCAGGGACUGGAUAGGCUGCCCAGAUGAGGACCCCAAGACUGGCGGUGGUGGAAGAGGAGGUGGUGGUGGAGGUGGCAACGAUGGCAAUGACGGCAACGAUGGUAAUGAUGGCAGUGAUCGCAAUGAUGGCAACAAUGGAAAUGAUGGUGAUGAUGGCAGGGACCGUGAAGAAGAGAAGCAUGAAGAAGAGGACAAAGUGGAAGAGACGGAGGUGAUCAUCGUCAAGAUGGACAACCCUGCUGGUGGUGGAAGCAGUGUGGCAGCAGUGGUGGUGCCACUUGUGCUGCUGGUGUGCGUUAUUUGCACGCUAGGGGCCUUGCUCUUCUUCCGCAUGUACGGCACUCCACGCCGUCUGCUAUACUGGCAGCGUUCUCUACUGUACAAGGUUUAGAGAGAAAGAAAGGUGUGAAGAGAAGGGGACCAAAGAGGACGGCACAGGAGAGGAGGACGAAGAAGCGUUAGAAAAGCAGCAUAGCAGAAAUUCAGAACAACAAAGUUGAAGCCCUGGCUCUGAGGUUUGUAAAACAAUUCUGGCAGUUUUCCCAACUGAAAUCAAAGAACUCUGAAUACAAGAACUGACAAUCAAUGACAUAAAGAAUCCGAUUCACGAAUGGACUCUUUUGUAGUAAAAAAAAAUCUGUUUGGAAUAUAUGCUAUUUUGGAUCUAGAAGAUGUUUUUCAGGAAAAAGGAUUUUAAAUUACUGAUUGUGGUGUUUGAAAAUACAGUAAAAGGUUUGCUCUGUUUUGGGUUAAGAAUUUUAUACAUCAGAACAUGUCUUUAUAAACAAUGCACCUAUAUACCUUAUGCAAUGACACGUUUAUCCUCAAAACACACAAAUGAUGUCUGUGUAUAUGUUGUUCAAAUUAAAGGUGCCAAAAAGGGUUAUUUGUGUAAUGUCAUAGAAGAACCUUUAAAUGGAAGAAUUUUCAGGGAAACGUUUGGAAAUGAAAUGUGUGAGUGUAAAGAACCUCCACAUAAGGCAAAGAAAUUGAAAACGCAUGGGUCCUAUCAUCAGGAGGCUGAGAGUUCGAUUCCCGCUAAUGCGUAAUUAGCCUCUUAGAAUGAGGGUGGGAUGGUCUCUCCUCCCAUCAGUGCUACCCAGCGUGGUCUAUUGUCAGUACACUGCCAAUCUAAGUGCACUGAGCAGUUCAAAUAGACGCUUCAGGUGUCUUGAAGAAAGCACAUGCUAGCCUUCACCCUCUCAGCCUGGAAGUGUCAUGUGCUUGGCUUGGAAUUGACCACAACAUAAGUGAUAAGGUCCUUCACACUCAUAAAUCUCUAUUUCAAACAAUGGAUUCAAAAGGGAUUCUUCAAUGGCAUCGCUUAAAGAACUCUUAGGGGCACCUUUUUUAACUGGACAAUAUUAAGUGUUAUAAUGCAAAACACCAAGAUGGUUGUCCAACCUAAGUGGCUAAUGCAGAAUGAGCUUUAAACAUCACAAGACGCAGCUUUGUCUUGCAGUUAAGUAUAUUUACUGCAUUUGGCAGAUGCUCUAAUCCACAGUGACAUACAAUUUGAUAGUUUUUUUACACAGGUAGGCGAAGAUAGUGUUAGGAGUCAUGUCCAAGGACUCUUAUUGGUAUAGUGUAGCAUCCUUCCCCAGAUGGAGAAUUGAACUUCAGUGUUCCAAACACUGUAGUAAGUAGGCCUCUCAUGAUCAUAACAUUUUAGCUGAUGGCUAAUUGGAAUAUAAACAUCUUAACAUGGAUAAUUUGACUGAUUACCUGUCGGUUUUUAGUAUCUCACAACCAGAUAGGGUGGCAAUCCAAUAGCCUAGUGAUAGGAGAGGGGAGCAAGUAGUCGGAAGGUUGUUGAUUCAGAUCCAAAGGACUGACUGGGUAUUCCCUUGGGCAAAGCACUUAACCCCACCACUGCACCAUAUGGCAUCACUGCUGCUCCCAGACUGGCCAGAGUUAGGCAGCAAAAUGACAAAUUUCCCUUGUAGGAUAAAUGAAGAACACCAUGCUAUCUGGGUGUUUUGGCACUAAUUAGAACUCUAGUUUUUUGGCUUUCUUUAUUUACAUGUAUUUGCCUCGACGUAGUGAAUGAAAAUGCACCCAGUUCACAUUCUGUUUACUAUGGUGUAAACAUGGGAAAGCUAAUAACUGUGGAAAAUACUUGCAAACAAGCAAUUAUGUAAGACAAUGUAAGUGUGAGAGGCCUACUGUUGAGCACCUGAGUUGUAUCAAAUACAAGGAAUUGUCAUAGUUUUAAAAAUAUUGUUGACAUAUGCACCAGAAAUCAUAUAUGUCUAGUUUUACCUUUUGGUUUAAACACAGUUCACAGACAGAUUGUAACUUACCUAGCUUUAUUUCUGUUUUCUGACCACUGUAUCGUAAUAUGUGGCUAUCAUUUUCUAUAUGUAAUGAUUGAUCUAACAACAUCUAAAAUUGUUUUCUGAGUCUUUAUUAUGCAUAUUGUAAUUGUAAUGUUUUCAGUUUUGUGCUAGAUACAGUCCCAGUGGUAUGAAGCAAAAUGACGAAUCCCGGUAUUUUUAUUACUUUUUUUAUUUCAGCCAAACCUUUUAAGAAGAGACAUGAUAUUCCUUUCCUUUGCUCCCACACAAUCCUUCUUUCUCCUCUCCUUUGGAUCCACUUGUACUCCUUCUAGUCUAGCCAGUGACGCCAGCUCAUCGCUGUUUGUUUGCCUUUUUUUUUUUUUUUUUUGAAAAAUGUCCUUACCUAGCUGUGGUUGUCUGUAAAUUGUAGUCGAUGUUCAGAUGCUUAUUGUUUGUAAGGGGACCUUCCGAAAUCACCUCAUGUCCAGCUGCCUAUUUAGACCACUCAGCAAAGUUAGCAUCCACACACCCCCCCACCCCCCCAUCCUAAAUAACCCAGUGGUUUAGUUCCCCUGCCCCAUUUUAAAAUCUGUGCAUCAACACUUCACCCACUAUACUAGGACCUUCAGACACCUGCGUUAGAAAGUUUGUGUUUGUUUGUUUGUCUGUGCCUUUUAGCAAUAUCCCUUAAUAUUGUACUGUACCUUAGAUUGUUAUUAUUGAUAAUGAUGAUGUCAUUAUUAUUAUUAUGACUGUUACUAUUAUCGUUAUUGUUGUUCUCCAUGACAAGAAUGUGUUUUGUUAUUAACAUUGUCAUUACAAUGUCCUGCUGGACAGGCAACAAAUAAAUGUAAUGAAAUGGCUUUAAUUUGGGGAAAGUGAAAGGGUGGGUUUAUACUUUUGAACUUAGGAAAAUGAAAUAAAUUCAGGAUGUGAAAAAAAAAAUCUGUGCUUGUGUUUACAGUUUUAACUCUUUACUUGUGGUGCUUUGACUUUUGGGAUUCUGGUUAAUUAAAUCAAACAAUGAUAAUGAUAAUGAUGAUUUUAAUGAUAAUAAUGAUCAUUAUCUAAUAUGAACCAAUAACAUUGUACCUGUCCGUUGUGCUGUUUUUUUAUCAUUUUUUAAAAUAAAUAAUGUUUUUUUAUACAUUU